GGGAACCACAGAGCUCAGAAAACUAAUGGAGCCCAAUGGCUGGAGGUAUCCAUUAGCCUUGUAUAAGGCUGGGGAAGAUUCAGGGAAUAAAUGAUAGCUCCUGUCUGCCCACAGCACUGAGUGCCAAAAGAAUGAGGAUGCAGAAGGUCUCAAACAUGCAGAUAUUCCUGUUGAUCCUGGGACUGCUCAGCCUGACUCCACUUGCCCCUGCUCAGGACCAAAGAUACCAGGAGCUGGUGAAUAGAUUCAUCAGGGAAUACAAUAGGAAUUCAGGAUCUGAAAACCUCUUUCGACUCUCCAUCCUGAAUCUGCCACCUGGGGAAGACAAUGAUCCUCCUACUCUUUUACCUUUGAGCUUUACCAUUGCUGAGACCGUGUGCCCCAAUUCUGAAAAUCGCAAUCCAGAUGAAUGUGACUUCCGGGAAAAUGGGGUGGUGAAAGAAUGCGUUGGAACCAUUGCUCUGGAUUCUGCCGAGCCCUCUGUUGAUAUUUCCUGUGAUGGGCCUGGAAAGAUGAAAAGAAUGGGAAUUUUCCAUUUAUUUUGGGCCGGAUUGAGAAAACUGGGUAACUUAAUCAAGAACAAAAUUCAGCAAGGAAUUGAAAAUUUUUUGGGGUAGGAGAUGAGAUUCCUAUCUAUAUGAGACUAAAAGUAAGAUGCCUUCAUUCAGGUUCUGUUUUAAGUUUUUUUUUAAGUCCCUGUACUCUACCCUGGCCUCUUCAGAUGAAUAAAUUUGUUUUACUCUC